AUGAACCAUCGCUACUUGGUCAUGGCUCAUGUUCCGUCGAGCAAGGUGGUCCAGAUGCAGAAGAAGAACCUUCAGUCGACUAAGGAAUAUGCACAUGCGCAGCAGCUCUCUCUGAACGAUCCCAUGAGUUGGGUGCCCCUGGACUUCGAGAACGCCUUCUCGCAGUAUGUCAGCAAGUUCGGCUUCGGCCACGGCAAAGUGUCGCUGCGUGUGGUCGAAGGCACCGAAGGCUACAAGGCAGUGAACCCUCAUUACCAAGCUUGGCUGGAAGACAAGCGCACGACUACCCUGAAGGACUUGAACGAGGUUGAUCGCUGUUUCGGCUGGGCGAAAUUUGUCCACAAGGUGGAUGGGAAGCAGACGGCUGCAUCCGCAUCAUCCUCUGCCGAGUCCAGGGUGGAGAAGGUGCACAGGCCCGAGCCUGGCGAGUCAGUCGAGUGGCGUCCAGCCAUCAUUCGAAAGGCGAGGGACGGGAGGAAUGACGACUACCAGAACCGCGACUACUUCAGGGUCCACUGGAUCCACGGCACGCCUGGCAACUCGGAUAACAACUUCUUGCUUCACAAAUCGGCCGUCCUCCUGGCACCCCGUGCGCCGAAGAUUGACGACAACACCCACUUCAGGCAUCUGGAGGUGCUGAAACAG